GGUGUCAGUGGAGUGAGAGCUGGGGGACGGAACGAGUGUGUUCGGCGGAGCCGCUUUGUCUUGGAGCUUACUCCCCCCGAGGUCGAGCUCAUAGUAAAGAUCGGGGAGAGUGUGAGACGGGGGCUUAUUGAGGAAGGGGCGAGCUCGCAGAUUAACUAGAAAAUGGAUUCUGCGUCUCAAGGAAAGAAAAUGGUGGCACCCACUGUAUCUCAGAUAAAUGCUGAAUAUGUUACUCAGCUAUCCAAUAGGUACUGGGCACCUCACGUGAAGAAAAAAAUGACUUUUGAACCUAAGGUCAUUGAAGACGUGUAUCAGAAAGAGAUUGUAAAGACAAAAUUUGCAAUUAGAAAAAUUAUGCUGCUUGAAUUCAGCCAGUAUCUGGAGAAUUAUCUCUGGCCAAACUAUUCUUCUGAAGUAUCCAGCAAUGCUUACCUGAUGUCCAUUUGCUGUAUGGUGAAUGAAAAAUUUCGAGAAAAUGUUCCUGCUUGGGAGAAUUCCAGAAACACAAUUCAAUUCACACCAACACAGAUAGAAGCAAUUCGGGCUGGUAUGCAGCCAGGGCUAACAAUGGUAGUAGGCCCACCAGGUACAGGAAAAACUGAUGUGGCUGUACAGAUAAUUUCUAACCUGUAUCACAACUUUCCAGAGCAGAGGACUCUCAUUGUGACACAUUCCAACCAGGCAUUGAAUCAGCUGUUUGAGAAGAUCAUGGCUCUGGACAUUGAUGAGCGUCACCUUCUACGUCUGGGUCACGGAGAGGAGGAGUUGGAGACUGAAAAGGAUUUUAGCAGGUAUGGUCGGGUAAAUUAUGUGUUGGCUCGGAGACUUGAAUUAUUGCGUGAAGUGGGACGAUUGCAAGAGAGUCUGGGAGUCCCUGGAGAUGUUUCAUAUACUUGUGAAACAGCAGGACAUUUUUACCUGUAUCAGGUGAUGUCACGUUGGGAAGAAUAUCUCAGCAAAGUAAAGACUAAAUGUGGAAAGUCUGGUGAUGUUACAACAGUGUCUGAGAAUUUUCCAUUCCAUAAAUACUUUGCAAAUGCACCCCAGCCUAUUUUUAAAGGUCAAUCAUAUGAAGAAGAUAUGGAAAUAGCUGAAGGUUGUUUCAGACACAUCAAUAAAAUAUUUACACAGCUGGAGGAAUUUCGAGCUUUUGAAUUGCUGCGCAGUGGGCUGGACAGAUCAAAAUAUUUACUAGUGAAAGAAGCAAAGAUCAUUGCCAUGACAUGUACUCAUGCUGCUUUAAAACGACAUGACCUAGUAGAGCUGGGGUUCAAGUAUGACAACAUUCUGAUGGAGGAAGCUGCACAGAUUCUUGAGAUUGAAACCUUUAUUCCCCUCCUCCUACAAAACCCUGAAGAUGGUUUCAGUCGACUGAAGCGUUGGAUAAUGAUCGGGGAUCAUCACCAGCUUCCCCCUGUCAUUAAGAACAUGGCCUUCCAGAAAUAUUCCAACAUGGAACAGUCUCUAUUUACACGAUUUGUUCGUUUGGGUGUUCCAACAGUGGAUCUUGAUGCCCAGGGGAGAGCAAGAGCUAGUUUGUGCAAUCUUUACAACUGGCGUUACAAGAAACUAGGCAACCUUCCCCACGUCCAGAUCUUACCUGAAUUCUGUACUGCCAAUGCCGGUUUAGUGUACGAUUUCCAACUUAUUAAUGUGGAGGAUUUCAAUGGAAUUGGAGAAUCUGAGCCCAAUCCAUAUUUUUACCAGAAUCUGGCAGAGGCUGAAUAUGCAGUGGCCCUUUUUAUGUACAUGCGCUUGCUAGGGUACCCUGCAGAAAGAAUCAGCAUCUUAACAACAUACAAUGGUCAGAAGCAUUUGAUUCGUGAUGUUAUCAAUCAGCGUUGUGGUGGUAAUCCUCUUAUAGGACGACCAAGCAAGGUCACCACAGUGGACAGAUUCCAGGGACAACAGAAUGACUAUAUUAUCCUCUCGUUGGUACGAACUAAAGCUGUUGGACAUCUGAGAGAUGUUCGGCGAUUAGUUGUUGCCAUGUCAAGAGCCAGGCUUGGGCUGUACAUCUUUGCAAGAGUAUCGCUGUUCCAGAACUGCUUUGAGCUUACUCCAGCCUUUAAUCAGCUAACUGCUCGACCCCUCCAGCUACACAUUGUGCCAUCCGAGUAUCAUCCAACAGACAGAAGGAAUGGUAAUAUUCCAACCCAUUUGAUGAGAGUUAUCAAAAACAUGCCUGAGAUGGCAAACUUCGUUUAUAAUAUGUACAUGCAGAUGAUUCAGAAUAUGCACCAAUACAGAAAGCAGUUACUUCCACCACCAGUGCCCCAGUCAAUUAAAGAACCAGCUCCUGUUCCAGAUAUUGACAAUGUAGAAGAAACGGAGGAAUCAGUCCCUGAGAAUGAAGAUGAAGAGACCACAGAGGAGGACUUUAAGAAAAUGCCUGAGCAUCCUGGCAGGGACAGUGAUAGUGAGGGCAGUGGAACUGAAGAGGACAAAGAAAACUGAUGGUUCCUUGCACGAAAAAUUAUAAAAGGUUCGAAUGAAUGGCCAUAUAGAAGUUGGACAUCUCAUUUUGUAACUUGCCAGAUUCUUUAUAUAGGACAGUGAUCAGUAUUCAUAAGUGUUGUCAUAGUUUCAAUUGUAAUUAUGAGAUUUUGAACAAUCUAUUUUGUAUCUUUCAAAGAUGUUUUAAUAAAUUUUCUUAAAAAAAAUCAGUGAGCAUAUCUAUUACAAUCGGCAGUUUUUGAUUUGCUCUCUUGAUUGGUAGACUGUUGGUAGUGGUGAUGGAGUAUAAAAAGGAGUAGAAGGUAAGGGGAACCAAACAAUAUAAUUAUCCUGAUUUCCAAGAUUGUUUCUACUUUAGUUUCUGGAUAAUGGUAACUCCCAGGAUGUUGAUAAUGAUGCACAUUCAGUGAUGAGAAUGCCAUUGAAUCCCAAGAGGAGAUGGUUGGAUUUUCUCUUGCUGGAGGUUGUCGCUGCCUAGUACGUGUGUGGUGUAAAUAUUACUUGCUUUGAAUUCCACAGCAAAUAAAUCACUUCCUGACUGUCCAAAGCCUGUCCACCAUCUACAAGGUACGAAUCAGGAAUGUGAUGUACUUUCCGUUUGCUUGGAUAAGCGCAGCUCCAACAACACUCAAGAAAUUUGACGCUUCUUGAUUCACAGUCCAUUCAAAUCAUAUAUUUACUGACUCUGCUACUGAUACACAGUGCUGCAAGAUGUACCAUCUACGAAAUGCAGUGCAGGAAUUCACCAAGGUUUAUUUGACAGCACUUUGCGAUUACCUGGUCUCUGCAACAUAGAAGGCAAGGGCAGCAGAUACACGUAAACACCACCACCUGCAAUUCCCUUCUGGUCACAUACCAUUCUGACUUGGUAGAUAUCACCAAUCCUUUAUUGUUUCUGGUUUAAAAUCCAGGAAAUAACUCCCUGCCUAACAGUGCUGCUGUAGUACUUGGACCACGUGGGCAGCAAUAGUUCCCAGAAAGUGGCUCACCACCGCCUUUUCAAGAACAGUUAGGAAGUGAGUUAGUAAGUGCUGGCUUUGUAAAUGAUGCCAGCAUCCUUGGUUGAAUAAAAAGACAAAGCAGAUAAGUCUUGCAUUAUAGUCUAGUAGAGGUGUGGAAAGGUUCGGGAAUUGAAACCAAACUUUAAUUUUCAUCAAUAGCAAUGAAACUAAGGUUGGGGAUUGGUAGAGAGCUAAGGUAACUUCAAGCCACUGUGUAUCUUGGAGUUUGUGCUAAAAAUGCAUUUAAAGAGAGGGGAUUGGGAAAGAAGUGCCAAAGAUGGCAUUAAAUGCCUAGAUUCUUUUCCUCAGACAGCAGUGGAGGAAGGGUCAUUGAAUAUUUUUAAGACUACAUUGGAUAGAUUCUUGAUUGACAAGAGAUUGACAAAUUUAUUAAAACGCCUUUGAAAAUUUAAAGGGUAUUGGAUACAAAGAUAAGUAGAAGUCACAGUCAAAUCAGCCAUGAUGUUAUUAAAUGGCCAAGCAGACUCAAGUCGCCUAAUGGCCUAUUCCUACUUCUAAUUUGAGGAAGGAGGUGUGCAGAAAGGAGUUUCCAAAGGUGCUGAAAGCAUAAGAGCUAUCUGGAGACUGUCCUACAUGCAGUGCUGGGAUCCUAUUGUUCAGUGCCACCAUAUGCUGCUGAUGAGCAGAAAAGCAGCAGUCUUGAAGGCCAACUCCUUCAGCACUGAGGCUUUGUACCAGGCAGACAGAUCUUGAAUAGCCUGAUUGCUGAGGCCCAACUUACAAUGCAAACAGCAACAGCUGCUCAAGGAGAAAAAGAGUCACCUAAUCCUCACGACACUGAGCAAAAUCCAGAACCUAGCUCCCAAAUCCCUUAAUUUUGAUCGAGAGUCACGAGAGCCAUGCCCAAGACAGUAGGGUUUGUACACACUUGAGACAUGAGUUCCCUGUUUUAUGUGGAAUUCAUCUUAUAUACUCACACACCCUCAGAUUUACUUCAGACAGCAAUCGUAAAUAGUUUCAGCACUUCUUAUAGUUACUGCUGUUGUUUAUGCUGCUGGUCCAAAACGGUGUUUGUUUUCUUUUUUGAAAAAUCAUUUUUGAUAUUGUUGUACUUGGUAAUGUUAUAAGAAACUGUUUGAGAUGUUUUCCUGUUUUUGAAGAGAUUACUUGUGCAUAUGCAUUUAAAAGUGCUGUUACAUCACUACAAUUCAAUGUAUCACCGCAGCUUAACACAGGAACUAUUUUGUCGUAGUAAGUACUGUAUAUGCUAUUUUCUUACCAUUGAUUAUGAAAUCCUAAGAUAAACAAAUUACACUUUGUGUAAAAUUAGA